GAAUUAAACCAGUGAACCCAUUUGUCUUUAUCCCUGCUCCAACCAACUAGUUUUCUCCUUCCUGGCGCUUCUCUUAUCCUAUAAUUUUGCUACCUUUUGGGGAAGGAAAUACAAGUAAAACUAUAAAAACCUUCGAUGGCAGUGAGCUCACUCUCCAUAAACUUGUGGCAUCCCUUCGAAUACUCUCGCACCGGAAGGUCUCCACGUCUCAAACUCAAGCAUGUCCUCUUCGCUCCCACGAAACGCCGCCUUCGCGUUUCGGCCGUUUCGACGCCGCCCAAAGCCCGUUUCGUCGCCCGUCGGACCCAGUCCGUCCCGGUUCCCCAGCUCGAACGGCCUCUAAGUGAAUAUAUGAGCUUGCCGGCGAGUCAGUACUCGGUUUUGGACGCGGAGAGGAUAGAGAGAGUGGACGACAACACGUUCAGGUGCUAUGUGUAUAGAUUCAAGUUCUUUGCUUUCGAGGUCUGCCCUGUUCUUCUUGUUAGAGUCGAAGAGCAGCCCAAUGGCUGUUGCAUUAAGCUCUUGUCCUGCAAGCUUGACGGGUCACCCAUUGUGGUUGCGCAGAAUGACAAGUUUGACGCUUAUAUGGUGAACCAAAUAUCGUGUGGAAGCAACAAAAGCAGUUCAUCACUGCAACAACUCAGUUCAGAAACUGUCAUUGAGGUCAGUAUUGAGAUUCCUUUUGCAUUUCGAGCAAUUCCAGCGCAAGCUAUUGAAUCUUCUGGGACCCAAGUCCUUGAACAAAUACUAAGAAUUAUGCUUCCUCGAUUUUUAGCGCAGCUUGUGAAGGACUAUCAAGCAUGGGCCUCUGGUGAUAGAUCAAGACAGCCUCUUGGAACUGGCGAGAUAUGAAAAUGCAGAUGAUGUUGCUUGCUGCUUGCGAGUCCUUUGGGUUCUUGGGUUGAGCCAUUACAUGUUACACUGUUGUGCUAUAGGCAGUGGGAUCAUGCCUACACACACUUGGUUGCUAUUACUCAGUAGCUUAGUUGGUUCUAGGAGGGAAAAGAAAGAUGAAGAUAUUAUAUGUAAGAUAUUUUCAAAGAUAUUAUGUGUAAUAUAUAAAUUUUCCUGAUUGGGCUUGCUAAUGUUAUGUGUAAUAUAUUUCUUUUGGAAUGA